GAGGUGCGCGACCAGCGCUGUGGACAUGAAGCAGGGCACGAUUCUCCUGUGGGCCACGGCUAUGGGGAGUGGCAUCUUGGUGCCCUUUCUCUUCCUGGACGUCCACCCACUCCAAGUUGCGCUGAAACUGAAGGCGACGGUCUUGCAAGAAUCACAGCAGCAGAGGCUCGCGACUCUAAGGAAAGUGUGCAGGCAACACGAGGCGAGCCACAAGACGAGGUUGCCACCAUUGUACACAGACCUGCACGCAAACACGCUGAACCGCAUGUACGUGGAUGACCGCUUCUCGCUGCUCUAUUGCGAAGUGCCCAAGGUCGGCUGCACCAAUUGGAAGAGGAUUAUCCUGGCACUGUCGCGAGGGGACAACCAAUCAAUGACGAUACCGGCGAGUCAGGUGCACGAGAUCCAGAACUACACCAAGCUGCACAAGUUCGACGCGGCUGGUCGGCGCUCGCGGCUGGGUGGCUACACAACGGCGCUGUUUGUGAGGGAGCCCAUGGAGCGACUCGUGUCUGCCUACCGGGACAAGUUUCUGCUUACAAGCGGCUACUACCAGAAAGUUUACGGACGGUACAUCAUUGCCCACUACCGGACAAACCCGAGCAGAGAGUCUCUGCUUCAGGGCCACGACGUCACCUUUUCCGAGUUUGUGAGCUUCAUUCUGGACCCUCGUUGGGCACUCUACCAGGACGUGCACUGGCUGCCCGUCCACAAACUGUGCCAGCCCUGCCUGCUGCCCUUCAACUUCAUCGGCAAGCUGGAGACCAUGCAGCGCGAUGCGGCCGCCUUGCUGGCCAAGAUAGGAGCACCCAGCUGGAUGUCUUACUCCGACCCAAAAAACAAGCGCUCUUCGGCCAGCAUGACUCGCAGCUACCUGGCACAGCUCAGCCCUGAAGCGAAGUGGAAGCUGUAUCGGUUUUAUUACGAAGACUACAGGCUCUUCAACUAUUCUCCGCCCCAUGGCAUCAACAUCAAGCAACGUGCAUAGUCAUAUUUGUUUCCCAGCUUGUCAGUUGGAUGUCACUCUCCGUCCCUCCAGCAAACCGGCCAGUCAAACGUUGUUCUAAUAUAUUGUAGUAUGAUACACAGAGAUGCUUUCAGAUAUAUAUGGAUAUCCAGAA